AUGUUGAGUUUUGUGGCGUCUGGAGGAAAUGUUGAGGUGGCACUCUCCUGGCACCUAGUUCCCCCCGCCCAGGCAACACGGCGCCCAGUGCCCCCGCCCAGGCAACACGGCGCCCAGUGCCCCCCGCCCAGGCAACACGGCGCCCAGUGCCCCCGCCCAGGCAACACGGCGCCCAGUGCCCCCGCCCAGGCAACACGGCGCCCAGUGCCCCCCCCGCCCAGGCAACACGGCGCCCAGUGCCCCCUCCCAGGCAACACGGCGCCCAGUGGCCCAGGCAACACGGCGCCCAGUGCCCCCGCCCAGGCAACACGGCGCCCAGUGCCCCCGCCCAGGCAACACGGCGCCCAGUGCCCCCGCCCAGGCAACACGGCGCCCAGUGCCCCCGCCCAGGCAACACGGCGCCCAGUGCCCCCGCCCAGGCAACACGGCGCCCAGUGCCCCCGCCCAGGCAACACGGCGCCCAGUGCUCCCCGCCCAGGCAACACGGCGCCCAGUGCCCCCCCCCCCCCCGCCCAGGCAACACGGCGCCCAGUGCCCCCUCCCGCCCAGGCAACACGGCGCCCAGUGCCCCCGCCCAGGCAACACGGCGCCCAGUGCCCCCCCCCCCCGCCCAGGCAACACGGCGCCCAGUGCCCCCGCCCAGGCAACACGGCGCCCAGUGCCCCCCCCCCGCCCAGGCAACACGGCGCCCAGUGCCCCCCGCCCAGGCAACACGGCGCCCAGUGCCCCCCCCCCCAGGCAACACGGUGCCCAGUGCCCCCGCCCAGGCAACAUGGCGCCCAGUGCCCCCGCCCAGGCAACACGGUGCCCAGUGCCCCCCGCCCAGGCAACACGGCGCCCAGUGCCCCCCCCCCCGCCCCAGGCAACAUGGCGCCCAGUGCCCCCGCCCAGGCAACACGGCGCCCAGUGCCCCCCGCCCAGGCAACACGGCGCCCAGUGCCCCCCGCCCAGGCAACACGGCGCCCAGUGCCCCCGCCCAGGCAACACGGCGCCCAGUGCCCCCGCCCAGGCAACACGGCGCCCAUGCCCCCCGCCCAGGCAACACGGUGCCCAGUGCCCCCCGCCCAGUGCCCCCGCCCAGCAACAUGGCGCCCAGUGCCCCCCGUCCAG